GCUCUGCGUUUUGUUCUCGCGAUACCUUCGCGGGGUGGGUGGGGAGAAGAGGAGUGAGUGCGCAUGUGUGCUGUGUGUUUAAAAGUGGUUGCUACUGGCUGGAGCUUCUGGGUGAAGUGGCAUGCAGAAUUAACAUGCCAGCAUUUCGACAGGUUGGAGAGAAGCAACUUCCCAAUGAAAUACUUUACAUGGUGUGGUCCCCUAAGCGGGACCUCAUUGCACUUGCUAACAAAACUGGAGAGGUUUUGCUUCAUCGUCUUGCCCACUUUCAGCGUGUGUGGAGCUUGGCACCAAAUGAAAACACAGGAAAAGAAGUAACAUCAUUAGCAUGGAGGCCAGAUGGAAAAGUUUUAGCAUUUAGUCUUGCAGACACACGCCGAAUUGUUUUAUGUGAUGUGGAAAAAGCAGAGAUCCUACAUUUUUUCUCCUUGGAAAACUUAGUCACCUGUAUGCACUGGACCGAGGUGAUGGAUCCAAAAAGUGCUAUUGCCUCAAUCAGUUUACUAGAUGAAGAAGGAAGCCUUUUCUUGCCCAAGUUGCCUGCACUACCAAAGAGUUACAGUACCUCUGCAAAGAUUUUCAGUGAAGAAAAAUCAGAUGAAGUCACAAAGCUAUUAGGUGACAAAAGGCUAAAUACCCUUGUUCUUGGAGGAGAUUCUGGAUUCAUUGAAUUAUAUGCAUAUGGAAUGUACAAAAUUGCAACAGUAACACAGAUUGCAGGCCGCUGUCUAGAUCUUUGCUUGUCCAGUGACCUGAAAGCAUUGUCUGUUAUCACAGAAGUUCAACUAUCCAAGGAACCAGAGCCAAUUAUCAGUUACUUUCAGCUGGAUACCACUUUGCUAUCAGAUUAUUUGCCUGAGGUAACUCGCAUGGCCCGGAAGUUCACUCAUAUUUCAACACUGCUCCAGUACCAAAAGCUGUCUUUGGCCUGCAUGUGUGAAGCGUGGGAGGACAUUUUAAUGCAAAUGGACUUAAGAUUGACAAAGUUUGUACAGGAGAAAAGCACAAAAACUUCAGUACAGGAGGAGUUCAUGGAACUACUAAUGUGGGGUAAAGCUAGUCCGGAGUUGCAGUCUUUGUUAAUGAACCAGCUAACAGUUAAGGGUUUAAAGAAGCUUGGCCAGUCCAUAGAAUCAUCAUAUUCUAGUAUUCAGAAACUGGUUAUCAGUCACUUACAAAGUGGCUCAGAGGCACUCCUGUACCACUUAAAUGAGCUAAAGGGAAUGGCUAUGUGGAAACAGAAAUACCAACCUUUAGGCUUAGAUGUGCCAGCCAUAGAAGAUGCCAUAAAUGCUGUGGGAACAUUUAUAUUGAAAGCAAAUGAAUUGUUACAAGUUAUAGACAGUAGUAUGAAAAGCUUCAAGGCAUUUUUCCGAUGGCUAUAUGCAGCAAUGUUGAGGAUGUCUGAUGAUCAUGUUUUGCCAGAGCUAAACAAGAUGACACAUAGAGAUGUAUCCUUUGUUGCUGACUUCCUGUCUGAGCACUUUAAAGAGGCACCAGAGCUUUAUGAUCAAAAGGGUCAGUAUUUUAAUGUGGAGAGAGUUGGUCAGUAUUUAAAAGAUGAGGAUGAUGAUCUAGUAACUCCUCCAGAGACUGAGGGAAAUCCUUGGUUUUCCUUCUUGCAGAACAGUGUCCAUCUUAAAGAAAGUCCCUUGCUUUUUCCAUAUUUUCCCAAGAAAUCGCUACACUAUGUUAAAAGGCUAGUGGAAGCACAGAUUGAUAGUUGCCUACAAAAGCCAGCUGAAGUGAUCGGAAAUUCUGUACAUCAAGUAGCCUACAUGCCGCUGUACAAGCUGCAUCCAACUGAGGGUAUCGUGCCCAGAUUUUCACUACCAUCAUUUUGGAAUGAUAAGUCUUCAAAUCUACAGUAUGUGGUUUUUACAAUGCACAGCAUUGAAUCUUCCAGAAUCUAUAUUAUGCGAAGACCCACUGAUCUUUCAAGGUGUAUUUCUAACUGGCUGCUUGCUGUAGAGUUUGGAGAUUUUUUGUGUAGCACCAGGAGUGACAAUAACAAAGAAAGUCAGUUCAGCUUUUUGGACGUUGGUUUUUAUGAUGAUGAAAUGCUGACAGUACUGUUGAAGGGAUACACUGACAAAGAAGAGAAAGGUCGCGUCUUGGCGCAGCUACCACUAUCGUCAAUUUACAUCAAUGUGGAAACAGAGGAAGAAUUCAGCUUGGAAACUGGCAAAAGGCUAGAUGAGCAGACCAAUCAAAUUCCUGUUCAGACUGUUACUGUUGAAAAUCAGUCCCGGACCUUAGAGAAUAUGAAAGCACAAUAUAUUGCUGUAAAUGGUAUUCGUAAAGUAUCUUGUGUGCUCAGUUCAAACUUGCGACAUGUGCGUGUUUUUGAAAUGGAUGUAGAAGAUGAUGGAGAGGUGGAUGAAGAGGAGGAAGAGCCAGAGCCUCGAGAUGUUAGUGGGAUAAAGGAUGAGAUUGAAGAGACAGUGAAUGCUCAAGAUGAUUCUGAUGUCAACGAUGCUGCUGGUGUCGAGUACCCUGUAUUGCUUGAGGAUGAUGCUUCCAGCCUGGAGUCUGUACCUGGAACCUGGAGUUAGUUAGUUAAAUGUAAAUUGCUGUCAUGAAAAAUACAGCUUGGGUCUGCCCAGAACUAUUUUUUACACAUGUUGGAGAUUAAUAUAUAUUGAGUCAGUAUUGGCUGGUGCAAUUUGCUGUGAAUGCUAUUUUCACAGAUUGGGUCAUAUUGCACGUACUGUGAAAUUCAUUACUUUGGCGCAACAGUGGAAUCAACACUGUUCUUCGCCUCUAGGCCUUAGUUGAACCCACUCCAACUGAUAAGUUUGCACUGAUUGAGCGUAAUUCCUACCAGAUUUGACCCUAAGACAUAAAACCACCCCAAAUUUGCAAAUGUUAGUAAAUUGAUCAAUUUUCAAGGCGCCAAAAUGAGCAUGGGAAAUUAAAAUGUUGCCCUGGUACAGGAGAGGGCACCGUUCAGGUUUGGGGGGAGAAAGUACAUGAGUUAAAUUUUCAUAUGUGCAAGUUGUAGUGAGAUUGUGAGCCUGUUCUUUGUAAAUUCAUUGACAAUUUCACAAAAACUUUCCCUCCAUUGUUAGAGGGUGAUUUACUGUGCUGACUUGGGAAUGCAAGGUGCUGACAAGGUGCUCUUCACUAAUAUCUUAAUUAACUUAAGGAACACAAAAGUGUAAGAAGGGAGCUCUGACUAAUUCUUCUGUUCUAUGGUAAAAACAUGCAAAAUAACCCAUUUAUGUGUUGCUGAAAUUUUGACAUUGCCAUAUGAAUAAAUGUUGCAUUAUUUUCUGUAUGAUAAUGUAAAGACUUUUAAUUAGUAUGGAGUGUAAAAGUAGUCAUCUCUGCCAUCUGAAUCAUGUUGACUUGUGCACUAUCAUUAAAUGUAACUACAGUACAGGAAGUGUUUUGUAAUAUUAGGACACACCGGAUUGUAAGUGAAACAUCUUAUUCUGUACUGAAUGGAUGUUCUCAGAACUUUACCUCAUUUACUUUAGAUCACUUGUAAUAGCAAAUGCAUCCAAGUGAAUACUUCUAAGUCCUGUAUACGAUUUUAUUUUGUUUCCUUAUUAAAUCAGACUGGUUCAUCUUG